AUGCCCCGCGCGUUCCUGGUGAAGAAGCCAUGCGUCUCCACGUGCAAGAGGAACUGGAGCGAGCUCCCGGACGAAGAGCGCGGCGAGAUCUACGUGCCAGUCAGCCUGGGCUUCUGCCCACCACAGCCCUACCAGGAGCCAGAGCCAUCAGUGGCUGAACCCCCUUCCUGCCCCCUGGUUUUGGACAUGAGCCUUCGGGACUCCAGCUACAGUGUGGCCCCAGUGCCCUGUGUGGUGGCUCAGCUGCCCUCUGAAGAUGUAAGCCGCCUGACAGAUCCCCAGAGCAGAGACCAAAGUUUCCUACGCACCAAGAUGAAGGUGACCUUGGGGGACAGUCCAAACGGAGAACUUUUUACCUGUCACAUCUGCCAAAAGGCCUUCACCUAUCAGCGCAUGCUGAAUCGCCACAUGAAGUGUCACAAUGACGUCAAGAGGCACCUCUGCACAUACUGUGGGAAGGGUUUCAAUGACACCUUUGACCUCAAGAGACAUGUCCGAACUCACACUGGUGUGCGGCCCUACAAGUGCAGCCUGUGUGACAAGGCCUUCACCCAGCGCUGCUCUCUGGAAUCUCACCUCAAGAAGAUCCACGGCGUACAGCAAAAGUAUGCGUACAAGGAGCGCCGUGCCAAGCUGUACGUGUGUGAGGAGUGUGGCUGCACAUCUGAGAGCCAGGAGGGCCAUGUCCUGCACCUCAAGGAGCACCACCCCGACAGCCCGCUGCUGCGCAAGACCUCCAAGAAAGUGGCUGUGGCCCUGCAGAACACCGUUACUUCCCUGCUACAGGGCAGCCCCCACCUCUGA